CUCCUGACUUCCAACAAUGCUAGCGGGCAGCUUUGAUCCCCAUGUAUAGGCAAUUCUCUACGUACGGCAUGAACUUCUAGAAGGCAUUCGGUGUACCAACUACCGUGAAGUGGCGGAGGCUUUCCCUCAUGCGUUGCCUUUUAUGCCCUCUCAACUUCUUGGACUCCAAACGCAGGACCUCUCAACAGGACCAUUCGCAAUGUUGGAAAGUACCAAAGAACCUGUCUGGCUUCAAAUCCAUGAUGAUACCUCAUUGGUGCAUCUACUUAAAGAGACGGAAUCUCGUCUCACCGAUCACACUAUUAGCAGCAACGAAACGAACGUCUCCAGCUUUAGCCCGAUCUUCUCCUUCGACGAAGAUGUCCUUGACUCCAAGGCAUGUCGACGCACCAUGCGAACGCUCAUGAAGAAAGACAAGGCCGUGAAAGUCUCGGGACCGGAAGAGCAACUUUCAUCUAGCCUCGCAGUCCAAAAGAUUUCCCCAGACCCGAGACCAGUCGACGAUGUACUCCCGCAACAGCAAAUGAAUACAGAUGUUUUCUGGAGUGACUCCAGGUCGCAGAGACUGCUCCUGAAACUGGACCGCACGCUCACCGACCACGUCGAGGCUGGCGAUAUAGCAGGCUUGACCGAGACCAUGCUAGAUGCCGUCGAUCUAGACAUCCCAUCAAAGUGGUUUCCAUUCUCACUGAGGAAAGCAAUCGAGACAUCGCAACUCGAAGCCGUCUCCGAGCUCCUGAACAUGGGCAUCGAAUCGGAAUCCAUCGACGGCUUCUCACGAACCCCACUCUCAUACGCCUGUUCCAAAGGCCAACUCGAAGUCGUCGACUUCCUCCGACACAGAGGCGCCAGCAUCGCGGCCCGAAACGUGCUUGGAGAAACCCCCUUACAUGAGGCUUCCUAUCUUCAACACACUGCCCUGAUGGCCAGCUUACUCUCCUGGGGCGCCGACGUCAACGCCAGAGAUGCCCGUGGUGACACCCCUUUACACCACGCUUGCUCUCCCUGCGAAGCCCCUGCCGCCGCCGCCGCCGCAGCACUCCUCCUUACCCACGGCGCUCUGCCCUCAGCACGAAACUUCCACGGCCAAACACCCGUCAGCCUAGCUCUCCUCUCCGCCAACGCCCCCGCCCUCCGUGUCCUCCUCAACGACCCCUCGCUCGCAUCCUCAAUCAAGUCAACACUCGACGACCACCUGUCAUUCACGCUGAAACACAUCGCCACAGAGGAGCAACACAUCGCCGACUCCACGGGGUUUUCGCCCUCCAAACACUCGACCGCCCACCUACACGCGUCCACGACCCUCCUCAUAGCCUCGAUGGCAUGUCUGGCCCUACUCCUCGACCUCGCACCGCGGUGGAGUCGGAGUGUGCCGUUGGGGAGUGGAGUGAGGUGUGCGUGGGAGGAAGUUGAGUUUGAGAGUGUGCCAGAGGGAAUUGUUGGGAUCGUGGGGAGCAGGAAAAGUUCAUAAGGGUCUGGAAGAUGUUUUUCAGGGGGGAGUGUUUAGGAAAGAGAAAGAGAGAGAGAGAGAGAUUAUGCUGCUGCUCUACCGUUACCUUGUUAGUCACUCACGUGUGCGAAUGACUGCAGUAUUCUAAUGUUUCCACAUCU